AUGGCUGAAGAAAUAGAUGGGGAGCAGGGACCCCGAAGCUCCUUCACCACAUACAUGGCCGAAGGCGAGCAGCUUUUCCAGAAGGGAGAGUACGAAAAAGCCGUGGAAAGCUUCAGCAAUGUGAGAUGAUAAUCAUGAAAGAGACUGAUGGUUUCUAUGGCACCUCAGCUGUUAUGGACUGCAAUUCCAAUUAUGCGUAGCCAGCCUUGGAAAGUGUAGUCCACAAUAAAUGAAGUGCCAAAGCACUAGCACUAGCCAUUACUUGUCCAGUAGGAUUGAGCAAUGGGAUCAACAUGUUAAGUGCCAUUGGAAAUAGGGUUCUCAGAGCUAGUAUGUGCAUCGAUUUAUGGCAUCCUAGGCAAGUCUUCCUAUAUAGGUAAUUAACCCAAGCCUUGACUGUUCAGAGGGUUAAAAGUGUGAUUGAACUCUGUGUUACCUUAGUGGAUAAUUUUACAAGUCAUAUAUACGUUUUAAGAGUAAAAAUACAUAAUAUAGGUGCUGGGGUCGUGUAAACUAAAUCUGCCAUCAACUGUAUCAAAUAGCAGCCGUCAGAACAUUUGACAGCAUCCAGAAUAUUUUCGAACUCAAUGAAAACUGUUGUGUAGUACAAUAAUAUCUGAAAAAUUCCGAAAAAUCGUAAUCCACUUCAGAAUAAGAAGGUUCAUAAAAGCUUUAGUUAAAUUGAACUACAAGUCAUGUGUUGCUUAGCCAGCCCUGGAUUUUACCCCACUUGGCUUAUCCAUUUUUAAAAAGUAACUAUAGUCUGAUUCACUAGUAAUUGCCAAAUGUAUCUGUGAUUUUGGUGCUGAAGACAUCAAUGCUUGAACAAUUGCCAGCACCUGUGUGCAAUAAGUUAGAAUUUUAUAAAGAGUGCUUCAAACUGUCAUUUGACAUAAAAAUUUGUUUCCUGUAAACUGCUGGAAGGAUGACAUAUAAAACUCUUCUUUUUCAAACCAGCACUUUUUUUCCCCAGUUUACGGCAAUUUGGAAUUUAAUGAGUAAAUCUGAGUUAGUGUGUCUUUUCACAUAAACCAUGGGUGCUUUAUUUAAGGUGAAUAAUGGAUUAAACAGACACAAUGGGGGAGAUUUAUCAAAGUGCUUUGUUCCAAAAAGUAGUACAAAAAUGUAAAAGGGGUGAUUUAGCAACUUUUUUCCCCUGACAUCUUCCAAUAACUCCACCAUUAAAUACCAUAUUGGAAAAGGUGCCAGAAGUGCCAAUAUAAAAACAACUAUAUGGUUUUAGAGCAAGUGACAUCUUAACUCUGUUUACCUCAUUUUUAGGCUUUACUUCUUCAGCCCUCUGAGAAGAACUGCCUUGUUGCUCGCUCAAAAUGUUACUUAAAACUUGGAGAUUCAGAAUCUGCCCUACAAGACGCAGAGGCUUCCUUACGUGAUGAGUGCAAUUUCUUCAGGGUAAGAUUUGUACAUAGGAAAAAUGCUUCCAUUGUUGAGGUUUCAAAUUGCUAAGCUCCCUCCUCUUUAUUUUACUUAUAUUGCCUAUGAAAUAGAGAUCAGCGUUCCCAAAUUAUGCAAUAAUUCCAUUGGUUUUGCUUGCAGGGUCUUUACCAGAAGGCAGAGGCGCUCUAUGCAAUGGGAGAUUUUGAAUUUGCCCUUGUGUAUUACCACAGAGGAUUCAAACUGCGUCCCGAGCUGCAAGAAUUCCGCCUGGGGAUUCAGAAGGCAGAGGAGGCUAUUGAAAAUUCUGUAGGAAGUAAGCUAAAGCAGCAUGUUGUAUAUUGUUGAGAGUUGGAAGCAUCAAGUGUACUGGAAGCAACAAAUAUGUGAACUCAAAAAAGAAUACAAUUACAACAAGAACAUUAAGUGACCGAUAAGGCACAGCAAUUAGUUUUUUGGGGCAAAUAAAGAAAUAGAUGCAAAUUGAAAAGUUUUGGGGAAAAAAAUACAAAGUAGGUAAACUCAACACAUUUUAUACAUAACACCCUUUGUUUAUGUAUACAACUUAAUUCAUAGAAACUCUAAAAUGUAUUCUACUAUAUUGUUCCACAUUUCAACUUCCAAUAGGUAGAAUCAUUACUAUCAUCUUAAUGUGAAAUACACUCACACUUUCAAGAGAUACUCGGAGCUGUUAUGGAAGGGUAUUCAUAAUAUAAUCCCUUUAGCUAGAUGUCAUGUAACUGUGGAUAUUUGGGGGAAAUAAAAAAAAAUAUGCGGGGGCGGAGCUAGCAGCCAACUGAAGCAGACGUGGCCCAGGAGAGCUCCGCCAAAAUAAGCCUGCUAAAAGCUAAAUUCUCACCCAAAAGCCUACUAAUCUUAACCAGCAAUACAACAACACAUGAUGGGAAAGAAACGCAAGCACCAGAAGGCAUCAAAGCCAACGGGAGCCCGCGACAUUGGAGACCUUCUCCUCAGUCCUGCAAAGGCCGCAGAAGCCUUCGCGCCAAAAUAUAAUGGUGACACGACCUCAGCCUCCUCGGGGGAGCAGGCUCUAGAUGAACUGGACGAGUUCCCCAGCACAGGGGGAUUACACAGCGCCUCCUCGGACGAAGAAAACAACCUACCCUCCACUAAGGGCGAUAUAAGAGACCUACUCCGCCACAUCCGCACGGUGUUCGCGGCAGACAUAGCAACACUGGGGGAGGAGAUACACACAGUGGAGGGGCGAGUUAAGAGGACAGAGGAGGACACGCAAGGCCUAACCGCCAGAUGUAUACAACUGGAAGCUCACAACACAGAGCUCCGGCGCAGCCAGAUCCUUCUUACAGACCGCCUAGAUGCAGUGGAGGACUGGCACAGGAGCCGGAACAUAAAUAUAUGAGGCAUCCCAGAGACUGUCACAAGAUGACCUCCCACACUUUGUUGAGAGACUCCUCGCCACCUUACUUACACCACAGCAAGUGACGGCAGCCGCGAUAGAAGUGGUCUACCGAAUUCCAAGAGCAGCCAAAGCCCCAGCGGGCACCUCGAGAGAUGUCAUACUCCAACUCCAAACGCGAUCAGCCCAAAGAAACAUCAUGGCGGCAGUGAGGGGGAAAACCACUCACCUCGGCCAAUUUAUCAUUUUACCAGGCCAAUUUAUCAUUUUACCAGGACCUAUCCAAGCCUACUUUAACCUGGAGGGGACUUUUCAAACCCCUGACAGCAACACUCCGUCAUACCUUAUUGCUGGGCAUUCCCCAGAAGUCUAGUCAUCACGCACGGGGGAGCCACGACCCGCAUAACUGACCCAUCCAAAAUGGACUCAGUACUGUUGGCACUGGACUUGCCACCGGGACCGGAACAAACAACCCCAGCACGGAGACCACCGACCCCCCCACGUUUGGGAUAUGACCGCAGUUAAACCGUUUCAACCAGCCAACCCCGGUGCCUCAGCUUCCACUACCUUCAAAGCCCAGAGGGCUGCCAAACACCCAUCAGGCACCUGGGGACUGGAGGGAGCUAAAGGGACUCUGGCGGAAAGGACUGCCUGACAGAGCUGCCGCCGGACCCUACCUAUUUUGAGCGUUGCUCCACUUAAAGUCCCGUGACUGGACGCAUGACAGAUACCAUGCCACUCUGGAUAAGUGUACAGUUGCAGUUAUUAACCCGUGUUUAAAAGGUUUUGUUUCCUGCAGAGCAUGUAGACUUGUAUACUCAAAAUGUUGUCCUCAACGGUACGGUUACUAGCCUACCCACUAGCACAAAUUAAUGUACCUACCCACACCAGGCGACAAACAGCUAGGGCAUACUCACGAUUAAUAUAUACAAGCACCAACCUAAGCUCAAUAGUGCCCCACUUAGGAAAAUAUGUAUUGCUGUCCACAUUACACACCAUUAAUCAGGACUUACACAUGUUUAGCAUUGCCUAGACGCUCUAACACACUAUUGUCUCCACAGUAACAGCUUUUAAACCAGCUAACACUCAGACGUACAGGAACAGUCUGCAACCCAGCCACUUACAUAGAGAUGCAUGUGAUAGCUCUAUAUGCCUGUUGGGGUUACCAGCUACCUGUAGUUACCUACCUUAACCUAAUAUGCAGACACGGUUCUGAUGUCGGCUAGACCAGCUAACACUUAAUCUACUGUCUCAUUACAAAAUAUUGACAUGUGUUUGCCAUAUCAUCUCACUGCUACAUACAUAUCUCACUGCUACAUAAAACAAGUAAAACAAGGAUUAGUUAGAUUAAAAACAAAAGAAGGAAGGUAUGUAGAAGAGGAUAAAGGUCUAGCUGACUGCCUCAAUGAAUAUUUUUGUUCUGUAUUUACAGAUGAAAAUUAAGGAAAGGGAGCUCAGUUGAGAAAAAGGAUAAAUGAGACAUUUAUUACACGUGAGUUUACAGAGGAAGAAGUUCUAUUUCAACUGUCAAAAGUAAAGACAAAUAAGUCAAUGGGACCUGAUGGAAUACACCCAAAGCUAUUAAAAGAGCUUAGUGGUGUACUAGCAAAACCAUUAACAGAUUUAUUUAACCAAUCAUUGUUAACAGGAGUAGUCCCAGAAGAUUGGAAGUUAGCGAAUGUUGUGCCCAUUUACAAGAAAGGUAAUAGGGAGGAGUCGGGCAACUAUAGGCCAGUAAGCCUUACUUCAGUAGUGGGGAAAGUGAUGGAAACCAUGUUAAAGGAUAGGAUUGAUGAACAUCUAAAAACACAUGGAUUUCAAGAUCAGAGACAACAUGGGUUUACUUCAGGGAGAUCAUGCCAAACUAAUCUUAUUGAUUUUUUUGAUUGGGUAACUAAAAUUAUAGAUCAGGGUGGUGCAGUAGACAUUGCUUACCUAGAUUUCAGUAAGGCUUUUGACACUGUUGCACAUAGAAGGCUUAUCAAUAAACUGCAAUCUUUAAGUUUGGAUUCCAAUAUUGUUGAAUGGGUAAGGCAGUGGCUGAGUGACAGGCAACAGAGGGUUGUAGUUAAUGGAAUAUAUUCGAAGCUUGGACUUGUCACCAGUGGGGUACCUCAGGGAUCUGUACUUGGACCCAUUCUCUUUAAUAUUUUUAUUAGUGAUAUUGCAGAAGGUCUUGAUGGUAAGGUAUGUCUUUUUGCUGAUGAUACUAAGAUAUGUAACAGGGUUGAUGUUCCAGGAGGGAUAAGCCAAAUGACAAAUGAUUUAGGUAAACUAGAAAAAUGGUCAGAAUUGUGGCAACUGACAUUUAAUGUGGAUAAGUGCAAGAUAAUGCAUCUUGGACGUAAAAACCCAAGGGCAGAGUACAGAAUAUUUGAGAGUCCUAACCUCAACAUAUGAGGAAAGGGAUUUAGGGGUGAUUAUUUCUGAUGGCUUAAAGGUAGGCAGACAAUGUAAUAGAGCAGCAGGAAAUGCUAGCAGAAUGCUUGGUUGCAUAGGGAGAGGUAUUAGCAGUAGAAAGAGGGAAGUGCUCAUGCCAUUGUACAGAACACUGGUGAGACCUCACUUGGAGUAUUGUACACAGUACUGGAAACCGUAUCUUUAGAAGGAUAUUGAUACCUUAGAGAGGGUUCAGAGAAGGGCUACUAAACUGGUUCAUGGAUUGCGGGAUAAAACUUACCAGGAAAGGAUCUUAACAUGUAUAGCUUGGAGGAAAGACGAGACAGGGGGGAUAUGAUAGAAACAUUUAAAUAUAUAAAGGGAAUCAACACAGUAAAGGAGGAGACUAUAUUUAAAAGAAGAAAAACUACCACAACAAGAGGACAUAGUCUUAAAUUAGAGGGACAAAGGUUUAAAAAUAAUAUCAGGAAGUAUUACUUUACUGAGAGGGUAGUGGAUGCAUGGAAUAGCCUUCCAGCUGAAGUGGUAGAGGUUAACACAGUAAAGGAGUUUAAGCAUGCGUGGGAUAGGCAUAAGGCUAUCCUAGCUAUAAGAUAAGACUAGGGACUAAUGAAAGUAUUUAGAAAAUUGGGCAGACUAGAUGGUUCUUAUCUGCCGUCACAUUCUAUGUUUCUAGGUUACCUACAAUUAUACCUAGCUUGUUUUAACAAAAUUACACAAUGAGCAGAUUCCAAGUGCUAAAUCGAGCGAUGGUUACUUACUCAGUGUGUGCUGCUGUGGCACUUCACGUAUGCCUGUAUCUUCCUAGCACAAAAUAACAUACAGAAUUCAUUAACUAUAAAAAUGAAGGUGAUUGGUGCCUGAAAGACAGAUCUGCCCACAAGUAAGGCAUACCUGUAAUAUUGGCUUAAAUGUCUGACUUUCAGUCUAUCCCCACAGUUACAGCUUACCAAGCGUAAAGAUAGACAUUUUAGCUAUAGUUUUCACUUUGCUUUCUGAGUCUAUAUUGCAACUAAUUGUGUCACUCUAGUGUCACUUACUAUGCCAAAGCAAAAGUUGUCACAACCUGGUGGUUUAUCACUUGCCUAUCCCACCAUUUACUCAAACCUUAUUGCUAUGUCUUCUUAAAUAUGCACGAUGCUAGUCUCAUCAUAAAAAUGUGCUGAAUUCUAUAUACAACUGUCUAUAUCUGACAAAUCUAUUCUUCGUUAUAUUUGUAUAGUGUGCAAUAUUUGUAUUUUCACAUGCACAUCAAAAAAAUAUAUAUCUGAAAAAUAGUAACAUACAACUGUAAUAGAAAAAUGCACACUAACACCCAGGUUUAUUCACUAAUGUGAGAAUUGUUAGGAAUUAAAAAAUAUUCCAACAUGAAUUUCAAAUUUAAAGUCAAAGUAGUCAAACUGAAAACAGAGUUGAGAUUUUGUUUUCUAAUUCAGCUAUGUCGGCCUUAGUUUUGAAAUUUACCGUAUAUACUCGAGUAUAAGCCGACCCGAAUAUAAGCCGAGGCCCCUAAUUUUACCACAAAAAACUGGGAAAACUUUUUGACUCGAGUAUAAGCCUAGGGUGGGAAAUGCAGCAGCUACUGGUAAGUUUCUAAAUAAAAUUAGAUCCCAAUAAAAUUACAUUAAUUGAAUAUUUAUUUACAGUGUGUGUAUAGAAUGAAUGCAGAGUGUGUGUAUAGAAUGAAUGCAGAGUGUGUGUAUAGAAUGAAUGCAGUGUGUGCGUUUGUGUGUGUGUAUAGAAUGAAUGCAGUGUGUGCGUUUGUGUGUGUGGAUAGAAUGAAUGCAGUGUGUGCGUUUGUGUGUGGAUAGAAUGAAUGCAGUGUGUGCGUUUGUGUGUGGAUAGAAUGAAUGCAGUGUGUGCGUUUGUGUGUGGAUAGAAUGAAUGCAGUGUGUAUAUAAUGAAGUGUGUGUAUGUAAACUGGGUGAGGGGAGGGCAUUUUUAUUUUUUUAUUUUAUUAUAUUUUAAUAAUAUUAUAUUAUUAUUUUAAUAUUUGCAUUUUUUUUUUAAUGUUUUUUUUUUGUCCCCCCUCCCUGCUUGUUGCCUGGCCAGGGAGGGAGGGAAAAAAAAACAUUUAAAAUAAAAUAAUGCAAAUAUUAAAAUAAUAAUAUAAUAAUAAAAUAGUUAUUAAAAUAAUAUUACUAUUAUUAUUAAUAUUUGCAUUAUUUUUUUUAAAUGUUUUUUUUGUCCCCCCUCCCUGCUUGUUGCCUGGCCAGGGAGGGGUGACAAAAAAUUUUUUAAAAUAAAAUAAUGCAAAUAUUAAAAUAAUAAAAUAUUGUUAUUAAAAUAAUAUAAUAUUACUAUAUUAUUAUUAUAUUAAUAUUUGCAUUAUUUUUUUAUUUUUUUUUGUCCCCCCUCCCUGGCCAGGCAACAAGCAGGGAGGAGGGACAAAAAAACCAUUAAAAAAAAAAUGCAAAUAUUAAUAAUAAUGAUAAUAAUAAUAAAAUAAUGUUAUUAUUUUAAUAUAUUAUUUUAAUAAUAUUAUUAAAAUAAAAUAAUAUCGAAUCCCUGGUGGUCCAGUGGCAUUGGCAGUUCAGUGGGGGAGCUGGCAGUGAGCUCUUACUUACCUUCCUGCAGCUCCUGUCAGCUCCCUCCUCCUCCGUGCAGCUCCUCGGUCAGCUCCGUUCUGCUCACAGUGUAAGUCCCGCGAGAAGCUCUCGCGAGACUUACACUGUGAGCAGAACAGAGAGGAGCUGUACGGAGGAGGAGGGAGCUGACAGGAGCUGCAGGAAGGCAAGUAAGAGCGCACUGCCAGCCCCCAACAGGACCGCCGGGCUUGUAAUGAGCCCGGCGGUCCUGGUCUGUAUUAUGGCAAUGUAAAUUGCCAUAAUACAGACAAACUCGGCUCAUACUCUAGUAUAUACGGUACUUUGAAUUCCUGUCAGUUCAUACUUUAGUAAGUAACCGUGAUAGUAUCGAGCCAAUAAACUGGUUUGUGUAUAAAGCAUGCUUCAUUUCUAUAGAAAAAGACCUGGAUUACAUUUUGUUUUAAAUUAAAAUCAUUUUUUUCUGUUUUUUUUUGUUAAGUGUGUAACUUAAUGUUUCUGUUCCUUAGCUCCUACAUCAGUUAAACUAGACAACAAAUGGGAUAUGCACUUUAUGAGCAAGCAAGAAGAGGUAAGAAUUUCUCAAAAGGGAAUGAUGCAUUCUCAAAACCUUGUCUUAUCUCUGUAUCAAUGUAUCACCUGCCACACUGAUUUUUUUGCAUCCUUUUGUCUGACAGUACCAAUGUCCAGGUACAAAAGAGACUAUUAUUUGUACUUUAUAUAGUGUCUUCUCUUGUUAUGUCAUAUUAUUGUUGCUGGCUUUUAGUUGUAAGGGAGUAUAUUAAGCUCCUGGAUAGUUCACUAUAGUACCUUAGUGGCAUUUUUCUCUUUUCCGUUAUUUAUGAGUAUUGGUGACCAUUAGCGUUUUAGAGCUAUUUUUCUCAUUUUAUUGGAUUUGCCACCUUUUCCUACACUCUCUAAUCUUUAGCCUUAGACAUUUUCUCUCUUGCUAUCUUUUUGUUACAAGUGAGACUACCUGUCACGGCUUACCUUAGUUGGGAGUCCGGUAGGCAGAGAUUUGUGCUCACCCUUACAAAUAAACACAGCCCAUGGUAACCAGAUCAGAAGCUACCUGGGCUGUGAAUCUGUGCACAGGGCUUAGGCAGGAACAGUAACCAGGUACGAGAAAACAGACCUGGGCAAAUCCAGAAGAGUAGUCAGACACAGUUCCAAAAGUCAGGGCAGGCAGCGAACAGGCAAUAACGAAUAAUCCAAACAGAAAGGGUCACAAGCCAAGUCAGUCUUAGGAAACCGGAUACAAGAAACAACAAACGGACAAUGUUCUCAGGGAGGGGCAGUGUUUUCUGCCCUGCUAAUGAGUGAACUGCCUCAGGUGAACUUAGAUUAUACGUAGUAGCCACUGGUAAUGUCCAGCCCCCUAGUGCUGCAGGCAAUGCAAUGCCAGGAAAACAAGGUUAGAACCAAAAUUCAGAAGUGGCUCAGGCUUAGGAUGCAGAAGGCCCCAGGGUCAAAUCCUCUGUUGGGCACUUCUGGGGUGUCUGGAUGUUAUGGUGAGAAUUGUGACAUUACCACUUUUAACAAGUGCAGUUUAAUUGGAAAUAAAAUGUGUUUGGGUCAUUAAAGUCUGCUAUGCUGUUUAUUUGUGAUGCAUUUAAAAAUUAAAUUAAACUAAACCAUUCUUUUAGUAUAUUAUAACCCAAAUGACAUUGGUCUUGGCAAAUAUACAAAUGAUUACCGUAUAUACUUGAGUAUAAGACAAGUUUUUCGGCACAUUUUGUGUGCUGAAAACCCCCCACUCGUCUUAUACUUGAGUCACUGUCUGUAUUAUGGCAACUUACACUGCCAAAAUACAGACAAGGACCGCCGGGUUCAUUACAAGCCUGGCGGUCCUGUUGGGGGAUGGCAGAGAGCUCUAACUUACCUUUCCUGCAGCUCCAGUCAGCUCCCUUCUCUCUCCUCCGGUCCGGUCAGCUCCCCUGUCAGCUCCACUGUAAGUCUUGCGAGAGCCGCAGGGUCAGAGUGUUGCCACGGGUUACCGUGGCAAUACUCCGCGCGGCACUCAGACCGCGAGACUAACAGUGGGAGCUGACAGGGGAGCUGACCGGACUGGAGGAGAGAGAAGGGAUGAUGGAAGUCUGAUAGGAGCUGCAGGAAAGGUAAGUAACAGCUUGCUGUCAGCCCCACUCAUGCACAGUACACACCACUGGACCGCCAUGGAAUAAUAUAGCACCCCUCCCUGGCCAGCUAACAAGCAGGGAGGGGGGACAAAAACAAUAAAAUAAAAAUGUAAAUAAUAUAAAAAUAUUAAUAAUAUUAAAAAAAAAAUGCCCACCCCCCCACCAAGGCUCUGCAUCACAUACACACUGCACUCAUACACACACACUGCACUCAUACACACAUUGCAUUCAUACACAUACACACACUGCAUUCAUUAUAUACACACACUGUAAAUAAAUAUUCAAUUAAUAUAAUUUUUGGGGGAUCUAAUUUUAUAUAGAAAUUUACCAGUAGCUGCUGCAUUUCCCACCCUAGUCUUAUACACGAGUCAAUGUUUUCCCAGUUUUUUGUGGUAAAAUUAGGGGUCUCUACUUAUAUUCGGGUCGACUUAUACUCUAGUAUAUACGGUACAUUUAUCUGUGUAAUAUAUAUUUCGCUUUCCCACUGCACAGAGCAAGAAAGCUAAACAGAAGACGACGGUUAAAGUCCCCAAGAAGGACACAAAGCAACAGAAAAAGGUAGACCCCUUAAGGAGUCAGAAGACGACCCGUCAAUUGCUUGGAGAGUUGUACAACGAUAAAGAAUAUCUGGAGGCGCUUCUGAAGGAUGAAGGUUGUUAUAUGUUUAUCAUUAUCAUAAUCAUAGUAAACUUUUAAAUCUAAUAACAGAUACGUCAACUGUGACGCACCACAUGGAAUGGCUUAAUGAUCUUGCACAAGACACUUUCUUGAUUAGGUUUAGCCAUAGGUACUAGCAAGGGUACCGAGUGGCAGGGAGUACAUUUUGAGCUUGGCAGUGCAAGUUGGACAAGAAUUGCAUAUAUCCUUGGUCCCUCCUUGUGUACUAUAAAAAUCUGCCUUUCUUUGCCAAAUCUUUUUUUUUUUAUUUUGUUUUAUCUGACUACUCUUGCUGAUACAUUAUAUUGAAUCCAUAUUCCAUUCCCUUAUAAGCUAAAAUUUACAUACAUGUUGGGCAUAACAAUGCAUACACUUUAAAAGGAUAUGAUUCCUUAUUUUUUUCUUUUCUUUUCCAUUAUACCAGGCGUUCUAUAUAUGUUCUUGAAGGGAUCGAGGGAUGAGCCAGAGAAGUGUAUAGAACAAUGUAACACAUUGUUUUAAACACUUUUGCCCUUGUGUAUUAUGAUUUUUUUUAUAUAGUGUUUGGCUAGUUUCAUUAUUUUAUUUGUUGCGAUCUGUGGUUUACAUGUAUUAGUGUAUUUAUUUAUAGUCUUAUCUGCUAAAAACUGACUUAAAAUUGCAUUAGGCUUGUCAGUAAGAGCAAAAAAAGUGAAGAAACCAAUGUGGUACUCCAUAGAAGUGGUCAAAAUAAUAAAAAAACUAAGUUAGCAUUAAGUAAUUAUUAAAAAAAAAAAAGUGUAAAGAAGAUAGAUCUAUAAGAUUAGGCAGAAAGAGGCUAAGCAAGUUAUAAAAACUACCAAAGCACACACAGAAGAUAAAAUAGCCCAGUCAGUAAAAAAGGUGAUAAAACAUUUUUUAGAUACAUAAAGGAUUAGUUAGACUAAAAACAAAAGAAGGAAGGUAUGUAGAAGAGGAUAAAGGUAUAGCUGACUGCCUUUAUGAAUAUUUUUGUUCAGUAUUUACAGAUGAAAAUGAAGGAAAGGGACUGAAAAUAGGAAAAAAAAAUGACUUGUUACAUGUGAUUUUACAGAGGAAGAGGUUCUAUUUCAGCUGUCUAAAGCAAGCAUGUCAGACUUGUGGCCCACCAUGACUAUCUUUGCGGAAAGUCUGCCCUGGGGCCGCUUUGUGCUGUGGUUGCGACCAUCUAAAAGACAGAAAAGAUCUUUCAUGUCUGUUUCCUGUCUGCCCUGCCACGGCCGAUUGUGUGCCCCAGCAUACUCUAAUCAUUAGUUCAACAUGCCCGCCGGAUAUGCGCAUACAGCGUGUGAAGUCAUAUCCGGCAGUGGCGCUGCAGUGUGCAGAGUGGCUCUCUGUCUGCAGAGCAGGCCAGCCACUCUCCCUUCCCUUGUUCUCGCAGUGCCAAAGGAGCGUCUAGCAAGCUUGAGCAGAGAAGAGCAGGGCUGGAACUGGAGGACAGCCUGGAAGACGUGAUUAUCUAACCUGUUUCUUGUUUUUGGUUUCGUAAAAAUGUUGCAACUUCUAUGUGUCACGAAAACACUCAGCCAUGUAUACAAUAUCACUAUUAAACUUGUUAUGGUACCUUGUGCAUGUUUGAACCUAAUUGCACUACAAGAAUUAUUACUUUACUGAGAGGGUAGUGGAUGCAUGGAAUAGCCUUCCAGUUGAUGUGGUAGAGGUUAACACCGUGUGGGUGUUUGAGCAUAGGCAUAAGUCUAUCCUAGAUCUAAGACACGGCCAGGGACUAAUGUAAGUAUUUAGAAAAUUGGGCAGACUAGAUGGGCUGAAUGGUUCUUAUCUGCCAUCAAAAUCAAGUUUUCUAUGUUUGGGAUGAAGUGGUCUGGGAGACUUUAGUGGUCUUCUGAGGAUUAAGCUGGUAUCUCUACAAUGCAAUCAAAUAUAAAUCUACCGUGAAAAGAGCCUCCUCUACUUGCAAACAUUUUACCAUGAGUGCAUAUGAGCUUAUAAAAAUGUUAACUUUACAUUUUGCAAAGCCAAAUUGCUAACUAAACUUUUCCAAGGAGCCUAGGAAGAAGUAUAACUACAUUUAUUGAAUAUUAUUAUAUCAUUUAUAGUGUCUAAUUUAGUAUCAAAAGACACUCUGAUACAUAAAUUUGGUCUUAGGUAACUAGAUGGGACUUGGUGCAGAUCACAAAUCCAUCUCUAUUGGAUACCUGUUUACUCUAUUUCAUAUCUUUUCUAGCCUGUAUUUUUAUAAGAUUUUUUUGAGCUUAUUAGCUCCCAUCUAGGAGGUUCACUUUAUUAUUUUGAAAGUGAUUAGUAUUUUGUUUAUUAUUUUUUCUGUGUAGUUUUCUAUUUCAAUAAAGUAUGUUUUUAUAUUUAGUUCAAUCUAGACUCUGAGAUAUCCUUUGAGUGCUCUGGGGGCUGUUUGUCCCUAGAUCACAUCUUCUAUUUACUCUGUGUUUAUUUAGGGUUACCCCCUGCUUGAUAUUUUCAGGAAACACAUGCAUUCACCUAAUAUAGGGGUUUGUGUUUUUUUGUUUUCUUUAUAUCAUUUGUGCAUGCGCUUCUUAUCCCUAUCAAAAUAUGUAUUUUGCUCUCUGUACAAACAGAUCUGCACUACCUUACAUAAUCACAAAGUGUUAUUAUAUUUCUAUUUACAGAUCUUGUGAAAGGAAAUGCUCGUAGUGGGAUAAAGCUUCAAAACUUGAUCUUAAAUGGUAUAAACUAUUUAGACACUCGCACAGAUUUUUGGAGGCAGCAAAAGCCUAUUUAUGCCCGAGAGAGAGACCGAAAGAUCAUGCAGCAGAAGUGGAACCGGGAGAAAAAUAAGCCAUCUGACCCCAACCAAUACAUUCUGAAAAGCUUGGAAGAAAUUGAUCAGUGUAUGUAAUAUCUGCCAGGCAGUCUUUAUACAAAGCCAUAUAAAAGGCACAUGGUUCUAAACUGUGGCUUAAUUAUGGUAGCUACUUCUUAUAUUCUGAGGUACAGCAGCUGAGCUGACAAUAUGACAUUAUUUAUGGUAUGGUGAGAGACAGGUGUCUCUAAUGCAAGGCAUAUAGACUGUAAGCUUGUUUGAGCAUGGUCCUCUUCAACCUAUCGUUCCUGUAAGUUUUUUGUAAUUGUCCUAUUUGUAGUUAAAUCUUCCCCUCUUAUAAUAUUGUAAAGCGCUACGGAAUCUGUUGGCGAUAUGUAAAAGAUUAUUAUAAUCAAUCUUGACUAUUUUUAUAUGCUCUAGCAGUGACUAAUGAGAAUCAUCAAAUGAAUGUAUCUUUCUUUCUCUAGGCCUCUUUAAUGGAAACCCCGAAGGCAGCCUCAAGAAGGCCCAAAAAGCAUUAAAGAACAUACAGAGUUGGAAAGCAGAAGAUAUUCCCAACAAACAGGAAGUGAUAGGGAACCUGUACAGCUGCAUUGGAAAUGCUCAAAUGGAUCUGGGGCACAUGGAGGCAGCUCUGCAGAGCCAUACUAAAGAUCUGGAGAUUUCAAAAGAAUAGUAAGCACUUGAUAUUCCUUCUUAUCAAUAUUGUCAUUAAACUAGAUAGUAGUAUUCAUUCUACAGCCAAUAAUUUCCCGUUGGUAACUUUUAAUAGUGUUUCAUUUUACGCUAGUCUAAAACACAUUCACAUUAUAAAUAAUUGUUGUCAUAAGAGCAACUUGUUGCCAGACACUUUUAGUGAUGAAAUUGACCAAGUGUGGCUGAAAUAUACAUAUUUUUUUUUUUUUUUUUUAGUGAUACUGGUCUUAGGCUUAAGGUCCAGCGUCGAAUCUGCCACAGCAUUCAUCCCUUCUCCCUGUCAGCAAGGGUUCUGUGA